UAUAUACUCUUUACUUAUUAUUAUAUUGUUACUGUUGUGUGUCUUCGCAUUUCACACUCACCAAUAUGAAAUCAAACUCUCUCUUCACUUCUUUCUUCUUCUUCUUCUUCUUCUUCUUCUUCUUCUUCUUCUUCUUCAUAUAAAACACUAUACAUAUAUUAUGAAUAUCCACUAAUUCCCUUCUUCCCUUCUUCCUCUUAACUCUCUCUUUAAUCCAAUUAUAUAUAAUAACCCCAAACCCCUAUACCCCAAAUAUAUUAAAUUUCUCUUUCUUUCUUUCCUCUCUUCAACUCCUUCGUAAUAAUGGAGCUGACUACUCAUGAUCCUCCUAUCCCCAUCCCUAUUCCUAUCCCCUUAAAUAGUCGUUACGCCGGCCACAACCACGACCACGACCAUAUCAUCCACCACCAUGACCCUUCUUCCACCCGUAACCAUAUCAUUUCCGCUACCGUUAAUGGUAGCAACAACCAAAUGGAAGUGGAUCUUCAUCAUCAUAACAAUAACAACAACAACAACAAGAAGCAUAUCAAGUACAAAGAGUGUCUCAAAAACCAUGCAGCUUCCAUGGGAGGCAAUGCCACAGACGGUUGCGGUGAGUUCAUGCCGAGUGGAGAAGAAGGCUCCAUUGAAGCCCUCACAUGCUCGGCUUGCAAUUGUCACAGAAACUUCCAUCGAAAAGAGAUCGAAGGAGAACCCUAUGAUUGGCUCCACCACUCCCGCCUUGGGCGGAAGCUUCUCGUAGGUGGGAAAAACAUGAUUGGCCCACCAGAGCCUGCAGCAUUCGCAUACCCGACUGCAGGAGGGGCGACGUUCAUAUCAUCUAGAGCAGCAACAACACAACCUCACCACAUGAUUAUGUCGUACAACAUGCUGGGUGGGGGCGGUGGGCACUCGGAGUCAGAGGAGCAGGAGGAAGGAAUAGGAGCAGGAGUUGGGGGAAGGGUCUAUUCGGGGGCGAUGAUGAAUAAGAAACGAUUUCGAACGAAGUUCACGACGGAGCAAAAGGAGAAGAUGCUGAGGUUUGCAGAGAAAGUUGGAUGGAAGAUUCAAAAGCAAGAGGAGAGUGUGGUGCAACAAUUCUGUCAAGAGAUUGGAGUGAAGAGAAGAGUUCUUAAAGUUUGGAUGCAUAACAACAAGCACAAUCUUGCCAAGAAGGAAACAAUGUCACCUUCUCAUUCUCCUAAUAAUCCCUUAAAUUAAAUUAAAUUUCUUUCAUUUCUUUUUUUUUUCUUCUUUUUUUCCCUCUUUUUAAGUCAUCAGAUUGAAUUAUAUAAUUAAUUACUAUUAUGAUAUAAUUACUGUUAUUGUUGUUGUU